AUGACAACAACAGCCGCAGCAGCAGCACCAGAGCUUGAUCCUAACUUUUCGUUAAAGUCACAUGCUAUCAUAACAAUCCUAAUUACCUGUACCCUUGAGAGGAUCAAACUCAAAAUCCGGCGCCGGCGAAACUCAAAAUCGCCGGUCGCCACCUCUGUCAAAAUGUCAAGUACGAUGAGAGGAUCAAACUUUAUACCUGGGUCGAGGUCGAUGGUGGCCGGAUUUUCCGAAAUCUCGCCGGAAAAGAUUCGGUGGCUGUGA